AUGGAUUUGUGUAUAACAAUUCUAUCUCUCAUUAAAAUCCCAAGAAAAACAGAGAACGAUAGAGAGGCAGUAAUGUCUAUCACUACCAGAACUGUAUUUACCGGCUUUGGGAUUGGAUGUGGUGUUGGUAUUGGUCUUGGACCUUGUUCAAGUCUGGGUGCAAUACCAGUGGUACAACAAGUUAUGAGUGCUAUGGCUGCGACUAUAGGCGCAACAAAUGCUCUCUCUGGUGCUGGAUUAAGAAUAUUUGGAGUUAAGAAAGCUGGUGUUGGAUGCGGAAUCGUCUUUGGGCAUGGUUAUGGUGCUGGUAUUGCUCCAUCGGCAGCAUUGGUGCAUAAUCUUCAACCUUGUGCAGCGCAAAUAAUGGCAAAGAUGAUGAUGAAAAUAAGAACUGUUCCUGGCUUAUCCAUGGGACAAAGCAUGCUUCCUCCGUCUCAGCAAAGCAGCAUUAGCGUAAUGACUAUGACCCCGAUGCAAAACCCUGUCGGAAAUAACAUAUCCUUGACUUUGAAAACUCGGGAGCAUACAGGACAACUACAGGCUAAAGAUGGAAGUUUGGAUGCUGGGUCUGUUUUCAAACAUAAUGCACCGAAAGGAAAACCAUCAGCAAUAACCUUUGGACGUAAAAAUCUUUAUCACUUGCAGUAUGCAGCUUUUAGGGAUGGCGAGGAUAGUGAAACGUUAGAAAACAUUGUUCUGCAGACGGUAUGGGCGUUAAAGCUUUUUCAACUGACACUCAUUUUUCAACAUCCAGUGGUUAAACACCAGAAAGUCACUGAUGAGCAGAUGGAGGAGAUCAAAAAAGCUUCGUCAGAUUCUAGUAGUUAA